CACUUCCGGCCAGGCCCGGGUCGGGCAUCCAUAACCACCGGGGGGCCGCGAUCCGGAAAAGCCGGAAGCGGCCGGCCCGGAGAAGGGUUGACGGACGCUGUGUAGGCGCAGGGAGGGCCCGAGCCUUGCAGCCUGCGCUCCGCUCAGUCCCGCCGCGGCGCUGGCCGGGACUACACUUCCCAGGACGCUUUGCGGUGGCUGCACACGCCCACUUCCGGCAGCGGCCCGCGGCCCGGGUUGGUGCGGCCCGGCGGUGUCGGGGUCUCGGCGGCCGGGGUGGGCGCGGGGCGGGGCGGGGCCGGCUGGACGCCGGGCGUGCCCGGGGCGGGAGGGGGAGCGAGCGCGCGCGCCGCGCAGACAUGCAGGGGGAGGCGGGCACGGGUAGGAGCGCGGGGUCCCGCGGGCAGGAGUCCCCGCCGCGGCGAGGCGCCCCCAGCACAAAGCCCGGGGCGGGCCGGGGCCGGACUGCGGGGACCCCGACUGCCUUCGUCCGUCCAGCCCGGGGAAGGCCGCGCGGGAGGAAUGGGCUCCCGUCCAAGAGCCAGCGAGGAGCGGUGACGACGGGGCCUGAGAACCGAGCUCUGCCUUCCAGAGGCCCUGCGCUUCUCCAGGACAGGAGGCAGAAGCAGGAGGCCUCGGGGACAGGACCUGAACUGAAAGCCUUGUCUCGGAGCUUGGUGACGUUCGGGGACGUGGCCGUAGAUUUCUCCCAAGAGGAGUGGGAGUGGCUGAACUCGGCUCAGAGGAACCUGUACAGGAGCGUGAUGUUGGAGAACUACAGGAACCUGGCCUCUCUGGGACUCUGCGUUUCCAAGCCCGAUAUGAUCUCCUCGUUGGAACAGAGGAAAGAGCCCUGGAUGGUGAAGAGAAGGCUGACAAGAGGCCGGGGCCCAGAUUUGGAGGCAGGGCCAGAGACCAAGGAGUUACCCGCGAAGAAGGACAGCUGUAAAGAAAAGUUGUCCCAGGUGGUGAUCAUGGAGAGACUCACAAACCACAGUCUGGAACGCUCCAUAUUAGGGGAAGACUUGGAUUAUGGUGCUCUGCUUGAGAGGCCGCCGGGCUUGGUGACCAUCACGAACAUGGCCGUAGACUUCUCCCAGCAGCUGGACCCAGCUCAGAAGAGUUUCUGUAAGAAUGUGAUGUGGGAGAAUCGUAGUGACCUGGGGUCCGUAGGGCCCUGUGUGUCUAAGGCCAACUUGGUCUCUCUGCUGCAGCAAGAGAAGGAGCCCUGGAUGGUGGACAGAGAGCUGCCGAAGGGCCUGGGGUCAGGUCAACAAUCUAUACAUGAGACCCAGGAAUUAUUUCUAAAGCAGGAUUCAUUUGCUGAAGUAACAGACAGAACUUCAAACACUAAUUUGGAGUGUUCCACUUUCAGAGAAAAUUGGGAUUCUGAGGGUGUGUUUGAAAGGAAGCUGGUAGGUCAGGAGACACAAUUCAGGCAAGAGACAAUCGCUCAUAACAAGAUGCUCUCGAAGGAAAGAGAACGUACUUUUAACAAAUCUGGAAGAUGGUUUCAUUUGGACAUUUCAGAAGAGAGAGUUCAUAAUCAUGAUUCAGUGAAGAAAAAUUUCCCCAAAAAUUCAGUGGUAAUAAGACAUACAGGAAUUUAUGCAGGAAAAAAACUUUUCAAAUGUAAUGAAUGUAAGAAAACUUUUACCCAGAGCUCAUCCCUUACUGUUCAUCAGAGAAUUCAUACUGGAGAGAAACCCUAUAAAUGUAACGAAUGUGGAAAGGCCUUCAGUGACGGCUCAUCCUUUGCUAGACAUCAGAGAUGUCACACUGGCAAGAAGCCUUAUGAAUGUAUUGAAUGUGGGAAAGCCUUCAUACAGAACACAUCCCUUAUCCGUCAUUGGAGAUAUUACCACACUGGGGAGAAACCCUUUGAUUGCAUCGAUUGUGGGAAAGCCUUCAGUGAUCACAUAGGACUUAAUCAACAUAGGAGAAUUCAUACUGGAGAGAAACCCUACAAAUGUGAUGUAUGUGACAAAUCCUUUAGGUAUGGCUCAUCCCUUACUGUGCAUCAAAGGAUUCAUACUGGAGAAAAACCAUAUGAAUGUGAUGUUUGCAGAAAAGCCUUCAGCCAUCAUGCAUCACUCACUCAACAUCAAAGAGUGCAUUCUGGAGAAAAGCCUUUUAAAUGUAAAGAGUGUGGGAAAGCUUUUAGGCAGAAUAUACACCUUGCUAGUCAUUUGAGGAUCCAUACUGGGGAGAAGCCCUUCGAAUGUGGGGAAUGUGGUAAAUCCUUCAGCAUCAGUUCCCAGCUGGCUACUCACCAGAGAAUUCAUACUGGAGAGAAGCCCUAUGAAUGUAAGGUUUGUAGUAAAGCAUUCACCCAGAAGGCUCACCUUGCACAGCACCAGAAAACUCAUACGGGAGAGAAACCAUAUGAAUGUAAGGAAUGUGGUAAAGCCUUCAGCCAAACCACACACCUCAUUCAACACCAGAGAGUUCAUACUGGAGAGAAACCCUACAAAUGUGUCGAAUGUGGGAAGGCCUUUGGUGAUAACUCAUCCUGUACUCAACAUCAGAGGCUUCACACUGGCCAAAGACCUUAUGAAUGUAUUGAAUGUGGGAAGGCAUUCAAGACAAAGUCAUCCCUUAUUUGUCAUCGCAGAAGUCAUACAGGAGAAAAACCUUACGAAUGUAGUGCAUGUGGCAAAGCCUUUAGCCAUCGUCACAAAAUCUCAACCCUUACCCUUCAUCAGAGAAUUCAUACUGGAGAGAAACCCUAUGAAUGUGUUGAAUGUGGGAAAGCCUUCAGCCAGAGUGCCCACCUUGCUCAACACCAGAGAGUUCACACAGGAGAAAAACCCUUUGAAUGUACUGAAUGUGGGAAAGCCUUCAGUCAGAAUGCUCAUCUUAUUCAGCACCAGAGAGUUCAUACUGGAGAAAAGCCUUAUCAAUGUAAGCAAUGUAACAAAGCCUUCAGCCAGCUUGCACAUCUCGCUCAACAUCAGAGAGUUCAUACUGGAGAGAGACCCUAUGAAUGUAUUGAAUGUGGGAAGGCUUUCACUGAUCACAUAGGACUUAUUCAGCAUAAGAGAAUUCAUACUGGAGAGAGACCUUACAGAUGUAAUGUGUGUGGGAAGGCUUUUAGCCAUGGCUCAUCCCUGACUGUACAUCAGAGAAUUCAUACAGGAGAGAAACCUUAUGAGUGUAACAUCUGUGAGAAAGCCUUUAGCCAUCGUGGCUCACUUACUCUCCAUCAAAGAGUUCAUACUGGAGAAAAACCCUACGAGUGUAAGGAAUGUGGGAAAGCUUUUCGGCAGAGCACACAUCUUGCUCAUCAUCAGAGAAUUCAUACUGGAGAGAAACCCUACGAAUGUAAGGAAUGCAGCAAAACUUUCAGCCAGAAUGCGCACCUUGCACAACAUCAGAAAAUACACACUGGAGAGAAACCAUAUGAAUGUAAGGACUGUGGUAAGGCCUUCAGUCAAAUUGCACACCUUGUUCAACACCAGAGAGUUCAUACUGGCGAGAAGCCUUACGAAUGUACUGAGUGUGGGAAGGCCUUUAGUGAUGGUUCCUAUCUUGUUCAACAUCAGAGACUCCACACUGGCAAGAGACCAUAUGAAUGUCUUGAAUGUGGAAAGGCCUUCAGACAGAGGGCAUCCCUGAUUUGUCACCAGAGGUGUCAUACAGGCGAGAAACCUUAUGAAUGUAAUGUUUGUGGGAAAGCCUUUAGCCAUCGUAAAUCCCUUACACUACAUCAAAGAAUUCAUACAGGAGAGAAACCUUACGAGUGUAAGGACUGUAGCAAAGCCUUCAGCCAGAUUGCCCAUCUUACACUACAUAAGAGAAUUCAUACUGGAGAAAGGCCCUAUGAAUGUAAAGAAUGUGGGAAAGCCUUCAGGCAGAGUGUACAUCUCACUCAUCAUCAACGAAUUCAUACUGGAGAGUCAUCCUCGAUUAUUCCCUCCUCCUCACUCCCAUACCACCAAGUCCUCUAGAUUCAAUCUCCUGAAGGCCUCUAGAGUCCAUCCACUUUUUCCCAGUCUAUGUCCCAUUAUCAUAGUCUAAGUGGUAACCAUCUCAUUUUUAUGUUUACAACAGUGUUACAAACAUUUACCCUCUAGCUCCCCUCAAGUGCAUUUUUAACACUGUAGCCAGCUUAAUCUUUUAAAAAUAAAAGUCAUUAUUCAUGUUA